AUGGGGAUAAACCCAAUGGCAAGCAAAGGAUCUCCGUUGCAUGGUCCGCGCAUAAAACUAAUAGAGAAGGCUAGAAACCUUUUCUCCCAGACAAAGGAACACACUUUCGAGAUACAACAUGAGCUAGAAGCUUGUACGAAGCAGGCUAUCUUUGUUGAUUCAAGCAUCAAUGAUACUAUACGCACAUGUAUUGUCCUGGGUAAUAACCGUGCUGCAAUAAAAGUGAAGACAGAAUUCAAGGUCAGUGAUAAAAGAUGGUAUUGGCUUAAAGCAUUUGCUCUCGCUAGAAUCAAAGACUGGGCAGCGCUUGAAAAGUUUUCAAAGGAAAAGAGACCACCAAUGGGGUUUCGUCCAUUUGUGGAGGCAUGCAUUGAUGCAGAUGAGAAAGCGGAAGCUCUAAAAUACAUCCCCAAACUGUCAGAUCUUGUGGAAAGAGGCGAGGCUUAUGCUCGUAUUGGAAUGGCAAAGGAAGCGGCUGAUUGCGCAGCUCAGGCAAAUGAUGGAGGAGAAUUGCUUGAGAGAUUCAGGAAGACGUUUGUACAGAAUGCUAUUUUCGAUACCUUGAAAAUGCCUUUCCAAGGAGCCUCUUAG